UGGUUUGGUUUUUUGUAUCGGGAUAUUUCCUGUUUUCUUUCUUUCCUCUUCAAGAAGAAAUGUGAAGAGUUGGUUCGAAGUUGGUUUGAUCAUAGUUUAGAGGUUGAAGAUGGACAACGGGUGAAAUUUUAAGCAAGAUUGUGCGAAUUGAAUGAUUAAGAUUUAAGGUGGUUGAGGGAUACGAUUCAGUGAGAUGUGAGCCGAGGAUGGAGCUGAAGAUCAGCAUACUGCUUCUGACGCUUCUACGCCUCGCCAGCACCCUCGAGAACACGAAGGAGGAGGAGGACGCGGAGGAGGAUGAUGAGGAUAAUUAUCCCGUGGACGAUUAUGACUACGGUGACUACGAGAGCGCGACGAUAACCAGCGAUAUCGAUCUUAUCGCCGGUGGCUCGUUGCCGAUCUUCCUGGCCGAGCCUGUUGACACGUUCGUGGUGAAGGGGAAACCUGCAACCCUUCAUUGCCGCGCGGCUCAUGCUCUUCAGGUGUAUUUUCGCUGUAACGGUGACCGGGCUGAACGGUCGCAGCACCAGGAUUUUGUCGACCCUCGUACCGGAACAAGGGUCGUCGAGGUCGAGUUGAACGUGACGAGGAAUGAGGUCGAGGAGUACUUCGGUAGGGAGAGGUUCAAGUGCGAGUGCGUGGCAUGGUCGGGACCAGGUCAGAUUCGAGGGCAGCCUGCCACGGUUGAGGUCGCUUACCUGAAGAAGCACUUCCUGUCGCCGCCGUACUCGUUGUCCGUGGAGGCUGGACGGAACGCGGAACUCCGCUGCACCCCGCCACUAGGGGUGCCCCAACCGAAGGUCUACUGGCUGAAGAACGGCUCGCCUCUCGAGACGAUCGCCGGCUCGACACCGGCUUCCUCCGACAGCAUACCGAACGACGUGACAGGGGCCAGCAACUUCGUACAGACCGGCGAUGGACACCUGAUACUGGGAAAGGCAGAGCUGAGGCAUCAGGGGAAUUACUCGUGCGUCGCUGAGAACAUCGCCGCGAGGCGGGUCAGUGAACCGGCCGUGUUGACGGUUUACGUGAACGGCGGAUGGUCUUCCUGGUCCGGAUGGUCGGACUGCAGCACCCGUUGCGGCCGAGGUGUACAAAAGAGGACGCGAACGUGUACGAAUCCCGUGGCCAUGAAUGGGGGUCAAGCUUGUCCGGGUCCAGCCACACAGAGGGUCGAGUGCAAUCCUUCCUGUCCCGCGGUCGACGGCAGAUGGUCAAGCUGGUCCUCCUGGUCCGCAUGCGGUCCCGAUUGUUCCAGAAUAAGAAGAAGAUCCUGCAACGACCCCCCGGCGAGCAAUGGUGGCCGUCCCUGUCAAGGCAAGGACGUCAUCGUCGAGUCUUGUUCCGCGGAUCGAUGUAAUGCUCUCGGACAGGAUGGACCCAGAGUCUUCAAGGAAGCAACCAGGGCGAUCGAUCACAGGAACAUAUUGGCCCUUUGGAUCACUCUGAGCCUGGCGGCGAUCAUUCUGGCGCUGACCACCAUCUUCUUCGUUCGAUUGAUGCGUCGGAAGGAAAGGAUGGAGGCUUUGUACGGUGUGGCCAGGUUGGACUUCCGUCGUCCGGGCGAUCUCGCGAAAUCCGUGGUGUCGAAGAACGAUCGCACGGUUAUCUCGGUGGACAGGCGGUUGGAGCAGGUGAUAGACGAGUCGAACGCGUCUAGGAUGUCUAGAUCUUGCUCGGAGCAUCACUACGACGUGCCACAGCUCUCGCUGCCCUCGACCACCAGGCCAUCGCCCAGCUCCUCCGUGACCAGAUCUUCCUGCAAGAACUCGCAGCGUGGUAGAGGCUUAUCGGAUAACGAGGAGGGCCGAUCAUCUCGUUCCACCUGCCAGGCGAAUCAGGAAAGCACCAACGAGGACGACGACGAGCACGAUGACGAAGAUAGAAAUGGAGAGGACGACAGGAAUCACGAGGAUUCUAGUGGGUUCAUUGUAAGAGCGAUGGUGGACGAGCAAGGUGCGCUUUUGGUGGUUCCAGAAGUUGGAGUCUCGAUGUCUAUACCCGAAGGAGCUAUCUCCCGUGGAAGAAGACACGGUUUACAUUUGGCCGUCCUUGGGGACGACUCUCUAAGACCUAGUUUACCGCCCAGUCUGACUCUGUUGUCAGCCGUAGUGGCUUGUGGCCCGAGUGGAAUAGAUCUGGUGAAGCCAGUGAUCUUGCAAUUCGAGCAUUGUGCUGAACUCAGGACUGGUAACUGGGAACUGAGCCUCUGGUCGACCGACCUCGAUCUCGAGACUCGAUCCAACAACUCGAGCAACUCCUCUACCAGUUCUAAUCUCACUUCGAGCUCGAUGUGGAGAAAGAUUUUGACUCUGGGAGGUGAACCUAUAAAUCUUCCCGGUCAACCGUUCGCGCAACUAGAUCAUUCCGGAGUUUUCUUGGUCACUGAGACUCCUAGUGUAUACGCAGUGGCUGGGGAGAAUUCUGUGGUGGCGCCAGGACUCGCGGUGAAGAGAAUUUGCGUGGUUGUGUUCCUGUCGCGUGAAAGAGAUCACAUCAGGUGCCAUCUGAUGGAGGACACGAAAGCUGCUUUCAAGCUUGUAAUAGAACAGGAACGUCGGCUAGGUGGCACUCGUAUCGACCACGGAGCCUUAGGUUUCAGAGCCGGGAAUUCACCGCUUCGAAUCGAUUUGGAGGACAGAGAAAGCGGAUUCGUGGAACGGCAAGAGAUACCGCAUCGUCGUAUCUGGUCUUCUACGAGGACCAGCGUGAGAAGAUCAUUCAGGAUCGAGAAAACAGUGGGCGAUCUGAGGCUCAGUUUCGAGCUACGUGUCUGCCAAUGCGGUUUCGAAGAGCACACAUUGUUCCUGAGAAUUGACCUAGAUCUGAUGAAGAGGAACGGAUCCAGUGGGAAGAGGACCACGAAGUCUGAGUCAUCCAUCGUUCUUCGUGGGAAGAAUUCGAACAGGUCGACCGAAUCCGUCGUUCCCAGACCGUUUAGAUUUUCUAAAACGCUUAGAAAACAGUUAUGUCAGUGUCUUGAUCCGCCAAGCGCGCGAGGAAAUGAUUGGAGAAUGUUAGCGCAAAGACUUCAAGUAGAUCGAUACGUCGAUUAUUUCGCGACGAAAGCCAGUCCAACGGAGCACAUCUUGGAUCUGUGGGAAGCGAAACAUCAAGAGGCCACAGCUCUAGCAGACCUAUUGAACCACUUAAGACUGAUGGGACGCGUGGACGCCGCUAAUGUUCUCGAAAGUCGUCUCGGUCCAUGGAUUUGAGUUACGAAUCAUCACUGCCCAAUGAGAUACCCAUCGUUUAAGAUUUUACAAUGUUUUGUACA